CUGUGACGUGACGGAGCUCGCAGUGCAGUGUGCAUCUGGAAGUUGUCGCCAUCAUAUCUGGCUAAAUGUUAACCUAGCUCAGGUCAGUCAGCCGCCGUGUUCGAGGAUAUAAAGUUGAUUCUACAGUUUCCUGUCGAGCUUCUUCUAGCUGCUGUGAUGUUGCUAACCAGUAAAUGGGCGUAGAGCUGUUGCAGUAUUGUGAGCUUCACUCACUAGCAGCAGCUAUUUUCAGAGCACAUUAGCAGGUUGGAGUCUUGAGAAGCAGCAAGGGGCGGUGGGCUGCUACUACUGGCUAGCAGCGGGGCAGCUAGUUAGCUGGCUAGCUAGAAUAAAACGUCGACAGACAGAUAUUUACCGUCAAAGUGAAUAAAGAUACAUAUUUGAGCGCUCUUAUACACUCUCUGGUAGUUUUCGCCGCUUUCUGCCGCUGUGGACUGUUGCUAAGGAGCUAGCAGCGCCGCAAAGCUAGCUGCAACUCCGCCGAGAAACCAACAAGAUUUGGAGCUAACGGAGCUAAAGAGCCAGCUGGGGUUGAGCUGCAGCGGUGGGAGUCCGUUAAACUGGAGCUGGCAUCGUCACAUCUCCCGUCUUUAACACCGGGCUGCUGGGCCUGACAGCUGAGAAGAUGUCUGAGGGAGAGAGCAGGCAGGCCACGGACACGGUGCAGGAAGCCAAGCCGGAGUCCGUGGCAGCUGCGUCCACAGGUCAAGGAGUGUCAUCCGUGUCUCCCCCGGUGUCCAUGGUGACCCAGCCUCCUGCUACUGCUGCCACGGAGGAUGAGGAGGAGGAGAGCGAGGAUGAGUCAGAGAUUCUGGAGGAAAGCCCGUGUGGACGCUGGCAGAAACGCAGAGAAGAGGUGAAUCAGCGUAACGUCCCCGGGAUCGAUAAUGCUUACUUGGCCAUGGACACAGAGGAAGGAGUUGAGGUGGUGUGGAAUGAGGUCAUGUUCUCAGAAAGGAAGAAUUUCAAGCUACAAGAGGAAAAAGUCAAAGCCGUUUUCGACAAUUUGAUCCAGCUGGAGCAUUUGAACAUCGUCAAGUUCCACAAGUACUGGGCAGAUGUCAAAGAGAACAGAGCACGGGUCAUUUUCAUCACUGAAUACAUGUCCUCAGGAAGCCUCAAGCAGUUCUUAAAAAAGACAAAGAAAAACCACAAGACGAUGAACGAAAAGGCCUGGAAGCGCUGGUGCACACAGAUACUAUCUGCCCUCAGCUACCUGCACUCAUGUGAACCUCCCAUCAUUCAUGGUAACCUGACCUGCGACACCAUCUUCAUCCAGCACAACGGCCUCAUCAAGAUCGGUUCAGUUGCUCCAGACACUAUUAAUAACCACGUGAAAACCUGUCGGGAAGAGCAGAAGAGCCUUCACUUUUUUGCUCCAGAGUAUGCAGCCGUUGCCAAUGUUACCACAGCUGUGGAUAUCUAUUCCUUUGGAAUGUGCGCCUUAGAGAUGGCUGUGUUGGAAAUCCAGAGUAAUGGAGAUUCGUCUUAUGUGUCCCAAGAAGCCAUAAACAGUGCCAUUCAGUCCCUAGAGGACCCAUUGCAACGGGAAUUCAUCCAGAAGUGUCUGGAGGUUGACCCCAGUAAGCGACCCACAGCUAAGGAGCUGUUGUUUCACCAGGCCUUGUUCGAGGUGCCCUUACUCAAGCUGCUGGCUGCACACUGCAUCGUCAGCCACCAGCACAUGAUUCCAGAAAAUGCUUUAGAAGAAAUGACAAAGAACAUGGACCCCAACUUGGUAAUAGUUGAAGCCAAGGAUGGAGUUCAGAUGAAGCUCUCCCAAUUUCCUGCACUUGAGCUGGACAAGUUCCUGGAGGAUGUAAGGAAUGGGAUCUAUCCUCUGACUGCGUUUGGGAUGCCGUGUCCACAACAACCCCAGCAGGAGGCCGUGAAGUCGCCCAUAGUUCCCCCCUCAGUCAAAACCCCGACUCCUGAACCUGCAGAGCUCGAGACCAGGAAGGUCCUUCAGAUGCAGUGUAAUAUUGAGCCUGUUGAAGAAGGCACAAAGCACCAUCUGACCUUGCUGCUGAAACUUGAGGAUAAACUGAACAGGCACUUGAGCUGUGAUUUGUUACCAAAUGAGAACGUGCAGGAGCUGGCAGUGGAGCUCGUUCAGCUGGGGUUCAUCAGUGAGGGCGAUCAGCCACGACUCACAUCCGUUCUCGAAGAGGCCUUCUCAAAGUUCUACAGCCGGAACGGUUCUCUGAAUCCGGUGACGGUUUCCUCAUAGCGGAGGACUCUCCGGGCCUUCUUUCGUCCCUCCUCGUCCUCUACAACAGGACUUGCUUUUGCUCCACAUCAGAGUUGCAGGAAAGCUUUGCGAGGACAGAGGAGGAAGCCUUGGUCUGAUUGCAGAUCCUGCAGCCUGUCCUUGUAUCUUCUGGUGGGAAAAAAAAAACUGCCACUAAGUGGUUGUCGCUUUCUAUCUUUUUUUUUUUUUCUCCCACCCAAUACAGCCAUCUGCUUCUCUUUUAAAAGAGGAAAUCCUAGUUGCAACUUAAUGGAAAAUACCAAUGUUUUCACUGUUUGGCUUAUUUCUUUCAGUUCUGAAGUAGUGACGAAACGCUUGAAGUAAGCAAAAUAAAAAGAACAGCAGUAUUUUCCUUAAGUCAGUGUUAAAAUUGUAUUUUAAACAUUUUUACUUCAAACUGUUUAAUAGUUGUCUGUAUGAAAAAUCUCUUUGUCCCGGCAUACUGAAGUGUGUGUAUUAUGGUGUUGUAAGGUUAAGUCUGGUUGUCUGGUCCUUUAAAUUUUCUCUCGAGCAGCGAGCGAGGCGUCUUCUUACCGUGUGUCGGUUUUUUUCAAGACUUUCAAACGCAUCAAGCCAAUGAUGUAACAGAUGCAGUGUCCAUUUCACCAUAUGGAGUUCUGUAAUUAUACAACACGGUCAUGAAAUAUGCAGCUGCAACACAAUCUGAACAGCUACAGAUAAAAUAUAUGAAAAAAGUCAAACUAUUUAUUCGUCUAUCUUUUCCUGAGUGUGUACUUAUACUUCACUUCCAGCACUAAAGCCGGUGGUUGUUUGAAUGUAUGCUUUUACUUGCUCCUUUUCUUUAAGCCACGCUGUUGUUUUCAGUGAAAAAGGGGGUGUUGUCACUUGACUGUGGUCCAACUACUACAAGUAGAACAUCGCAGCACUUAUCAAUCAGGGUUGCGUCGAUGAAAAGUUGUCUGUUGGUCGAAUUUUUACACACACAAGGUUGAGUUGCUUUGGUGUUUAAGCACACGUUAGGUGAUUGUCAACAGGGUUUGUGUGCUUUUCCAUGUCUAAAAUGGACACAUGCGGUUAGCCGGAGUCGGUUCAGUUCUCGUUUUUAAGCUUAGACCCGUCAACUUAUACAUUCUGUGGCUCUGUUCAAUUCAUGGCUGAAGUAUUCUGUGUGACACCAGAGCUGAAAAAACAAAAGUUCUCUCUUAGAUAUUCAGUUACUGGCUCAGACCACUUUUAACUGUUUGAGAUUCUCGCUGCUAGUUUGCACAACCGUACACUUCUGUAUCCUGUUGGAAAUGUCCCGUGGCCUCCGGCUCUGUGCUCGCCAGCGGGAGGUGAUUUGGAAACGACGUCAUUGAAAAUUCAGUCUGGAUGCUGUGACUUCCUUCUGACAGUCUGUAGAUAACGCGAGAUGCAAGUGUGGGACGGCCUGGCAUGCUUGUAACCAUCUUGUACACUGUAUGCUGGACACUGUGUUCUGUUUCUGCAAUGCAUUUAUCCUCUUCUUUUUUUUUCACUUCCUAAAAUAAAUAAAAAAAACUACACUAUCAGCA